AUGGUCGACAGUGGUGUCCCCCAGGGUUCAGUACUGGGACCCAUUUUGUUCCUUAUCUACAUGGACGAUGCCGCAAGAGAUUUAGACUGUGAAGUAGCAAUGUUUGCGGAUGACAUGAAGAUAUGGAGUGUAAUUCGGGGUCCUGCCAACGAAGACAGACUGCAGAUGAACCUGAAUCGGUUGAAGGAGUGGUCAAACCGUUGGCUCCUGCGAUUCAACGUUGCCAGAUGUAGCAUACUUCGCCUAGGCAACACAGCCAGAUCUGCCAGCACAAGAGGCUACUUUCUGGGCGGUGCAGCACUAGAAGAGGUCGAAGCCCAAAGGGACCUCGGUGUGCUGACGACGAGUUCCCUAAAACCAUCCGCCCACUGUUCGACGGUAACAAAAAGCGCAAUGUCCGUACUGUACGCCAUCAAGCGUGCGUUUAUGGACUUUGACGAAGAAGCUUUCUCUAAAACAUUCGGAACAUUCGUCCGGCCGCACUUAGAGAACGGCAUACAAGCUUGGAGGCCGUGGGCUGUUGAGGAUCAAAAAUGCCUCGAAAGAGUCCAUAGGAGAGCCACGAAGAUGGUUAGGGGUCAAAGCUACUUUCCUUCUGCAACCCGCCUAGUAAAUCUGAACCUCCUUCCUUUGAGUUACAGGCAACUUCGCGGGGAUCUCUUGCAAGCCUUCCGCAUUAUAAAGGGGUUGGAUUGUAGUCUGGCUAUGGAGGACUUUUUUGAAUUUGCUACCACGACCAACCUCUGAGGUCACCCGUUAAAACUGCGCACUCAGCAGGCACGGCUGGAUGUGCGGAAGUUCUCCUUCUCGGUUCGGGUGGUCAAACCAUGGAAUGAGCUUCGCGCAGAUGUUGCAAUGUCACCAUCUAUACAAAGUUUUAAGAAGAAUCUGGACAUAUUUAUGUUCCGAAAUGACCCAGAGCGAUGAGAAGUCGAGCUCACUCCCUGUAACUCCUUCUCAUUUUGUCCCACCAUUAUGGGCGUGUUCGAACUGUUUCAGUCCAGAACAUCUAUCUGUACACCACACAUUUUUUGCGUUGCAAAUAGGGUACUCAAAGGCUUACGCCUAUUUCCCUCAAUAAACUGCUCUGAACUGAACUGAUAUUCACGGACUCAUGAGAUCCCGUGUCGGGAUUCGUGAUUAAUGGUCUUUUAUUUCUACAGGCAUUCAGAAAUUUAAUAAAAGAUGGCUUCCACGGUCCACUGUUGGAUUUUUUUGGCGGGGUUCAUUCGACACGGCAGCUGAGGGAGGAAGAACUCUUGUAACUAUUGUUCAUGCUGGCCAGGUCACAGUGCAUACACCCGCCUUUAGUUUGUAGCGUGUUCGAACUGCCAAACUUCAACCCUUCGCUACUGCUGCUACUUUGGUCUGCACUUAUUUGUCCGACCCAAGGACCUGUCUACUUUGUGGAUGAACUUCACCGAUGGCCACCCCGACACCCGCCAUCCCUUAGUGCAAUGGGUGUCCAGCAGCUAGACUGGCGGACGGACCCUUGGUUUCGGCACCUUUGUCCUGAACAUGUAGGGGGAAUCAAAAACCUCGUUUUAAAUCGGCUCCUGCUCUCUUGACAUGAAAAUAGCUGCUUACUCAAAUUAUCUGAGUUUUCUCAUUAAGUCUGCUUUCUGUUAGCGCCUUACUUUGCUACCAAGCUCACUGACUUUCUUUACGUUCUGUAACCUAAAUCUUAGAACCUGCUUAUAUCGAAUAUUUAUAAUAGACUCGCUGACAAAAUAAUUUCUACCGAAAAAUCUUGGUGGAUGUUUAGUGCCUACUGGCACGGGCGGCUGAGCGUUGUGAUUAUAUGUUCCCGCGAGUGAACGUGCUAUUAGUUUUCUACAGAACAAGACUUAAUACUAUAAGGAAAACUGUGCCAAAGCCCCUUAGCAACCAGAAAGUGUGGGUUGCGCGAAACUUACCAGGCUGAAAAACAGACUUCUCCGAGUGGACUUAGACUACAGCCACCGGGAUUCGUAUUCGGUGUUCUGUCACAUCAGUUACUGACGCCCUAACUAUCAACAUUCCAUUGCUUCUGAUUUGCGAUUUAGUCUUAUUCUGACGUAUGGGCUUCGAUUACGUCCUGAGGUGCAUACGUUAUGAGUUUAUCGUCGUUAUGACCUGUCACAAUCAGCGCUUUUUAGUCACAAGAUUGGGACCAUCACGGUCUUAGAGAGGACGCAUUUGUGGCUUGUGUGCGGACUUGUCUGUAGUAAAAUUGGCACUUUCUGUACGCAAGCACACCCUGUAUUCAAAUGGUCAGGAAAAAAACAAGACGACCAGGCAUGGUUAUUGGCCAAGUUAAGCAACCGGUCUUCAUGUGCCGCACAUGACCUGGUGACCAACUCUACGCGUUGCACGGCUUCGAGAAAGUGUUAUCAGAUCUUUCAUGGAAGGAGGUUCGGGAACGGGUCAUAAUAGGAAGAAUACACUGUAAGCUAAUCCCUACUCAACAGGAGAAAUAACUUAUGCCGCCUUUUAGUAACCAUUUGUGAAAAUUUAAACAAACCCUUAAGUCUUGAAGAAGGAGACACGAUCGCCGGGACAAGAGCUUAUUAGCCUGACGUUUCCGAUUCCUACUCGAAUCCAUCAUCAGAGACAAAAGGGCAGAAACGGGUGGAUGAUGGAUUCGAGUAGGAAUCCGAAACGUCCGGCUAAUAAAGCUCUUGUCCCGGCGAUCGUGUCUCCUUCUUCAAGACUACUUCCUGGGACUCGGCUCUUCGCUUCUAUUGGUAAACCCUUAAGUGUUUAUAGUGAAGAACCCAAAGACUGAAUCCCGGAGUUGGGGGGUAGACCUAAUUUCCCUCUCCUUUUCCUUGUGUUAGUAACCUAUGCGAAGCAAAGCAAAUUCAAAGGAGAUGGAGCUGCCGUGGCCUGAGCUUCUUCUACCGCUCCACGUGCGUGCGCAGAGACAGUGAGGACUUAGUGUGGCCUGUCUCAGACACACGAUGAGAAAAAGUGAUAUGCACUUUAGUCCAGGCCGCUACGGCGGGAUCGGGGUAGGUCGACCUAAUGUGCUAUUGCAAACCCUCACAGUUUCUUUUGAGAGUGAUUUCUUCCGAAUGGAUCGACUGAGCUAUUUGAACCACCCUUUAUUAAAACUUUUAUGUACAGAGUGGAUAUCCCGAUAAAGUAAAAGUUACCUAAGACCUUACGACAAAACCCAUAUAUCGAUUUCACCUUGAGUGCUUUUCUUACUGAGCGUCCAUUUGAUUUACUUCAUGGCGUUAUCCCAUGAUUGUUGCGGAUUGCGCCUAGAUGUAUCCCUAGUACAUGCCCGAAAGUCGUCCAACGUAGAAAUGUACAAGUCAAAACUUCCUGAAGAAAGAUUCACCAAAAGAAUACGUGACUGUGUUUAUUUGACUACCACUCAUUUUUUGCCUUAUUGAAAAAACGGAUACAAACACCUAGGAUUUCCUUUGGACGGGACCUACCAAAAUGAGGCGUUUUGGUUGUAUAGGGUUCGCGUUUCUAACGAACAGGUGUUUUAUGAUUUUUAGCUUUAUGAGAUCCGGCUGUAUCCGACAGCCACUGUACAUCCGUCAUGCCGAGCGAACAGAGGCCUUCGGAUCUACAGUGAGUGACCUAUCUCAUAAAAUAUUGGCUGAAAUUCUGAAAUGCCUUUUCGAUUAGGAAGGAUUACUUGGUCGCGGUUGUAAUACUGACUAUCUUGCGGCAUAAUCUUAUAACAUUUCGGACUCGGCAGGAUGUCGGCUUUUAAAUGCACUUUUUUUCAAUCUCCUAUAGAAAGCAUACUCGGUAAAAAACGACUACCUUAUUAGCAUGCAUUUUUCUCAUUGAUUUUCGAUGGUCUUGCAAAUUCAAAUAUAUUUUAUAGAAAACAUGAAUAAAAAUAUGCUUUCUUUUAGUCAAUCAAUAGAUAAUCAUGUCUUCUUCAUAUAUUAUACUUAAGGAAGCAGUAUAAUUAGGUUUUGAAAAAAGUUUUCCAAUUACCGAAUAAUUUGGAGCCUGAUCGUUCAUUGCAUUAGCGCUUAGUAAUUUCAUUCUGCAAGGUGUACGCGUUCCGCGUAAAGAAAAUCACAUAUUUUUCUAUGCUAUUAAAGAGAUAUCAUACAGAGUCCAUAAAAUUUUGCAAUGGAUGCGGACCGUGUUGUUCAUUACAUGAGGAGCAGUGGUAAACGGUCAGGUACGAUGCUAUGGGAAUUGACAUUUCGCGGUCUUAAAAAGUCUCAUACUUAGAAACUUUUUUAAAACCUAAUUAUAAUCCUUUCUUAAGUAUAAUAUAUAAAGAAGACGUGAUUCUCUAUUGAUUGCUAAAAGAAAGCAUAUUUUUAUUCAUGUUUUCUAUGAAAUAUAUUUGAAUUUGCAAGACCAUCGAAAAUCAAUGAGAAAAAUGCAUGCUAAUAAAGUAGUCGUUUUUUACCGAGUACGCUUUCUAUAGGAGAUUGAAAAAAAGUGCAUUUAAAAGCCGACAUCCUGCCGAGUCCGAAAUGUUAUAAGAUUAUGCCGCAAGAUAGUCAGUAUUACAACCGCGACCAAGUAAUCCUUCCUAAUCGAAAAGGCAUUUCAGAAUUUCAGCCAAUAUUUCAUGAGAUAGGUCACUCACUGUAACUGGUUUCGCUAAUACCCGAGCUUUCACUCGCAAUAACUUGACGCAUUACUUGGUAGAUUAUAAUUAUUCACAACGCCUUGGUGCUUCGGUGUCUGAGCUUUCCACCUAAACAAACCGGUCAUUCUGUCGCGGCCGGCAAAAAAAACCAAUACGUCGGGUACAUUCACCGCGACGAAGGUUCGGCGAUCAAAAACUUGAGCGGGGCCAGUCAGUCAUUAACCAUUCGACGGCACUGAAACCAAAUGCCUGUGAGCGCCCUACAUUGAGCCCAAAGGCCCGACGGGACGAUCAUAUCGCGUAACUCCAUCGGUGAACGCCCAUCUACAGUGGCUUAUAUUCCAGACCAUAACCCACGGGACAACGAGCCCGUGGGCCAAUGGCUCAGCCUUGGAUUCAGCAAUGCGCGACGACUAAAGAACUAGAAUUGGGCCAUACAGAGAUGGGGCUGGGUAAGACCGACUAACAACGGCUAACAAACCAGUCUCUUUUGUCUUUAUCGGUGUCCUCUUCUCUGUACCCGAUUAUUUCUGCCACCCCCCUCUUCUCCCGCCCGUGUGCGUUCAUUCCCCCUAUCUCUUUCCAAGUCCGUGUAUGCGUUCGAACAUAAAGAGCAGCCGUCCGACAAAUGGAUCUCUCGUUCCGGCUACCUAUUCUACUUCCUGCUUGCAAAUAACACAGGAGCAGGCUGAGGCUGCGACCCAUGUAGCUUCUUUGGAAAAAAUCCUUUCGCCCCAGUCAUCACAGCGUUCUGACGGCAAGUCGGAAGCUGCCGAAGUGCAGGAGCAGAACGAUGUCGAGGUGGAGGGAUGA